UUCCAGUGCUCAGUGAGAGUGACAGAGAAAAACAUAUUGGCUUCUCUCACUCAUGUUAGCGGUGUGUCAGCAUUGUUGACGAAACUAGUUUUUUGCCAAAUAAAAAUAAGACACGUACAGAUCUUAGUUAGAAAGGUUGAAUGAUUUGCAUAGUUUGGAGUGUAGAUUAUUCUUUUGUGCACCGUGAGUGAAAGUCUCUAAGUUCACGUCAUGUCGGAAUACAAACUCAGCUGUGCCCUGUCAGGACAUUCUCUGGACGUUCGAGCAGUCUGUGCAGCCGGGGAUGAAACCAUUAUUUCGGGUUCUCGUGAUGCCACGGCAAAAAUUUGGAGAUCAAAUGGGGUAAAUCCAGGUUACCAUGAAGCUCAGACUCUACGUGGUCAUACAAAUUUUGUGACUUGCGUUUGCUACUGCCCUCCAUCCAAUGCCUAUCCAAAUGGCAUAAUUUUAACAUCUGGGAAUGACAAGAAUAUAUGUGGCUUCAUAGCUGAACAGGAGUCCCCCCUCUUUACACUCAAAGGCCAUUCAGAAACAGUGUGCUGCCUAAGUUUGGGGAUAGAACCUGGCACAUUUUUGAGUGCAUCCUGGGACAAAACUGGGAAAGUAUGGAAUUACACAUCUGGAGAAAUGGGAACAACUUUUAAGGGCCAUGACCUAGCAGUUUGGGGUAUUAUUGAAGUGUCAGCUGGUGUGGUGAUAACUGGAGCAGCUGACAAAACCAUAAAAGUUUGGGAAAAACACUCAGGAACUUGUCAGUCUACAUUAACUGGGCACACAGAUUGCGUAAGGGGACUAGCAAGGAUAAAUGAUCACGAGUUUUUGUCCUGUGGAAAUGAUGCCACAGUUCGUCAUUGGUCUACAACCGGGGACUGUUUGAGUAUUCUUUAUGGUCAUUCAAACUAUAUUUACAGCAUAGCAAUAGGACCUGAUGGUUGUGGCUUCGCCUCAGUUGGAGAGGACAGCUCAUUACGUGUCUGGAAGGAUUCAAGUGUUGCUCAAGUGCUUUCGCUCCCAGCUCAAAGUGUGUGGAGUGUUUGUUUCCUACCAAACUCUGAUAUUGUAACUGGAUCAAGUGAUGGAGUUGUCCGAGUCUUCUCUAAAGACCAUGCCCGGCAGGCUAGUGAGGAUGUGCUAAAGUGUUAUGAGGAAGAGAUUGAAGCAAUGUUCAAAGUUUCUUCACAGGAACUGGGAGGAGUCAAAAUUAGCGAUUUGCCAGGUAAAGAAGCACUGUAUGAACCUGGUAAAUCUGAUGGCCAGACUAAGCUGGUCCGUGAAGGCACUCAAGUCACUGUCUACAGUUGGUCAGCCACACAGAAAGAGUGGACCAAGGUGGGAGAUGUUGCUGGCGCCAAUGAAGAAAACUCAGGAAAAUCAUUGCAUCAGGGCAAGGAAUACGAUUAUGUAUUUAGCAUUGACAUUAAAGAUGGAGUUCCUCCUUUGAAAUUACCUUACAAUCUUAAUGAGGACCCUUGGUUUGCCGCUCAAAAGUUUAUUCAUGAUAAUGAUCUACCUCAAGCAUACCUUGAACAAAUUGCAAAUUUCAUUGUGACAAAUUCAAAGAAAACAAACCAAGCCACAGUCACCAGUGCCCCAGCUCAACCGGAAUUUUGUGAUCCGUUUACAGGAGGAAAUCGUUAUAUUCCUGGAGGUUCACAAAGUGUCCUACCUCCACGUCCUCCUGUGACAAUUACGGCCUCUGGUAAUCUUGAUCCACUCACAGGUGGAAAUUCAUAUGUACCAAAUGGUGCCUCAGACACAAAAAGCAUGAUUGAGAACUCUCUCUCUAAGCUCCAUUUUCCUCAGAAAACAUAUCUUCGUUUUGAACAAGCUAAUCUGAAAGCAAUGUUAGAUAAAUUGCAAGAACUCAACAAAAAGUUGGGUGAUGGAUCUCACCAAGUUCAUGAGGAUAGUUUAGGAGAUAUUGUAAAACUAGCAGAUCCACAGAACACUCCUGAUCCAAGUUCAAUCUCCACCUUACUGAAAAUGUUGGACUGGCCUCAAGAUCUAGUUUUCCCAGUUCUGGAUGUUACAAGAUUAGCAGUUCGACAUGCUGAUACAAAUCGUGAACUAUGUGAUGGCAAGUCUGGAGAACUAUUAAUGUCGAAGCUGCACUUAUAUCUCCAGCCAGCUCCUGGGCCAAAUCAAAUGUUAUCAUUGCGAGUUCUUUGCAAUAUGCUGUCUCAUGUUCAUGGAGAGGCGUUGGUUAGUCAUAAUGCUACUUCUCUUCUGCAACAUGUUGAUCAAUAUAUUCCACCCUUUUCAAAGCCUUUUGAGGUUGCAAUUUCAACUCUUUUACUCAACUUCAGCGUCUUGUACACUAAAAAGUCUGAGCUACUAGCAAAUAUUGAUGCUGUAGGAAAUACUUGCCUACACACUUUGCCUCGGUUCUCAGACAAAGAGGCUAUCUACCGGACUCUAGUGGCCAUUGGAACUCUUCUUUCUCAGAAGGUUCAGCGUUUACCCAGCUGGGCUGAAGAAUUGUGGCCUCAUAUCAUUAGCAUGUCGGAGAGUGAUGAUAGUAGAAUUCAAGUUUGUGCUCAGCAAAUAUUAGCUAUUGGGAGCUGAUUGAUGUUUUAAUAUGAAAUGUACCGUGAAUAUGUAAGAGCUGAUUAGUGCUGUAACUGCUUUAAAUUGACCGUUCACAAAGUCUUGCUCUCUCACAUACAGGAGAAAGCUAUAUCAGGAAGAGAUAUGCUUCAUUUAGUCCUCCAAUUAUAAUUGGAAACCAGUAUGAAACGUGUUCAUAAUGAGCAGCACUAACUAAAUUUUGUGAUUUUUAAACACACCUAGUUAUUUAUGAAAAAUGAUGUUAGUCUAACUUGCAAAUAGGUGUAGGAUUGUUUUACUGGAAUUUAAUUCCACACUGAAGUGUUGGAAUAUUCUGAUACAAACUUUGUGAAGAUUGUCAUUUCUAAUUUGCCACACUAUCACACCUGUGAUAUUGUUGUACAGAAUUAAUUAUGGCUUAGGAAAAUGUAUAUACCUCUAUUGUUAAUAUGAUUGUGUUAAUACCUGAAAUAAAAGGCUUUAAAUUCACCUUGCCUGCACUGUGACUGCUAGAUUUCCUACCAUUUUUAUGAGUGAAUAAAUUAUUUCGAUCUUC